UACUUCCGGAGGUCACUGCAAUGGCGGUGUGGUGGAGAAUUGUGACACUGUCACUAACAUUAUUAGUCAAAUUAGUUGCAACAGCUGAAGUUGAUUUGACGUUAGAGGUGUCGGCGGGCCAAGAAGAAUGUCUAUUUCAAUUUAUUAAGAAACCGUCCAAUUUAGAAGUCGAAUAUCAGGUGAUAGAAGGAGGAGAUUUAGAUGUAGAUUUCUCUAUAAUAUCGCCUAAUGGACAAAGAUUGGCCCAUGAUCUUAGAAAAUCUGAAAAUGUACAUAAAGUGGAGGUGAAAGUGCCUGGAGCCUAUCGAUUUUGUAUGGAUAAUUCUUUUAGUAGAUUUACACAUAAAGUUGUAUUUUUCGAAUUAUUAACUGAAGAUGAUGAGGAUGAAGAUGAUAAAGAUUGGGAUUUAGAGAAAGAUGAAAUUGCUGAAUAUAUUGACAUGACUAUAGAAGAUUUAAAGACACUGAUAGGAACAGUGAAAUCAAAUUUAGAGAAAACAUCCCAGAUUCAAAGUAUUUUACGAGUGUAUGAGUCUCGUGAUCGAAGUCAGAUGGAACAUAAUUAUGAACGUGUAAAUUUCAUGUCAGGUGUUCAAGUUUUUAUAAUGUUAUCUGUUGGCAUUACUCAGGUAUUAAUGAUCCGUAAUUUAUUUACUGAAAAAUACAGUACUGGAACUAAAACACAUACGUGAUUUCAUGAGUUUUAGAUUAUCACCAUUAGUGCUCUUUUUAUCUCCCUUCCUUUGUUAUUGUUUUGCUAUGGUAUGGUAUGGUGUGCAGAAAAUGUUUUGUAAUUCAACAAUGAUACAACAAUGAUUUAUAUG